CUAGAAGCAGCUCGGGACACCAGGACGCACGGAGUCACAGCUGGACAGGACGCGGCACUGACGACUAUUCAUUCGGACUGGCCGAGUAGACUGGCAGAGCUCCGCGCCCGGCCUCCGCAUGGCGGCCCCCCGCCCCCCACCCGUGAUCUCCGUCUCGGUCUCGGCGCCCGCCUUCUAUGCCCCGCAGAAGAAGUUUGGCCCGGUCGUGGCCCCCAAACCCAAAGUGAACCCUUUCCGGGCCGGGGCUACGGAGAACCCUCCAGGGCCCGGGGCCCAGAGGGCGCAGAUGGGCAAGGUGGGAGAGAUUCCUCCCCCACCCCCGGAAGAUUUCCCCCUGCCACCACCUCCAUUGCUACCUGGGGACGAUGGAGAGGCUUCUCUGGGAGGGCCCUUCCCACCACCCCCUCCCCCAUUUGAGGAACCAUUCCCCCCUGCUCCAGAAGAAGAGACAUUCCCUUCCCCUCCACCUCCUCUGGAAGAAGAAGUGGGAGUUGAACCUCCAGCACCAACCCAUCAGCCCAGAGGAAAGGUGAGCAGCAUUGACCUGGAGAUGGAAUCUCUGUCCUCCCUGUUGGAUGACAUGGCCCGGAAUGAUCCCUUCAAACCCAGGGUUUCAUCUGGAUCUGUGCCUCCCCCAGCUGCCCCCCAAUUCCCUCCCAAGCCAACUGUCCCCCAAUUCCCUCCCAAGCCAACUGUCCCAUCUGCAGCUUCCAGCACAGCACCUCUUCCUCCUUGGUUGGCUCCUACUAGCCCUCCUCAGUCCCAUUCUGUAUCUGUGUCUAAGACCUUAAGCACACAGCCUCGAGGUCCCCCGGCUCCAGCUCCACCUCUGGCUUCAGCCCCAGCUGCAGCUCCUUCUGUAGUUCGACCUCCAGCCCCAGCCUUAACCUCAGCCCCAACUCCUACCCCCAAGGUUAAUGCUGUGGCUUCCAAAUUCCCUCCUGGGACCCCUAAGUUUAGCCCUCCAGCACCUGGGGGUCCCCCUCAUAAGAAGGGGGGUCCUUCACCCCCCACUGCUACAGGAUCCCCUCAACAGCCCCAGCCUCCCAGCUUCACCUAUGCUCAACAAAGAGAGAAGCCCCGUGUUCAGGAGAAACAACGUCCAGUCCCCCCUCCUGCCCAGGACCAGGUGCGCCCUCCUGGGGCCCCAGGACCUCUGACUCUUCGGGAGGUAGAAGAGCUGGAAGAAUUGACACAGCAGCUAAUGAGGGACAUGGAGCAGCCAUCCAAUAACAAGCUCCCCACCGAUGAAUACUGUGGUCGGUGCCACCAGGCCCUGGUACGUUCCCAGCCUGCGGUCCGGGCACUAGGGAGUCUUUUCCACGUCACGUGUUUCACAUGCCACCAGUGUGAGCGGCAGCUGCAGGGGCAGCAGUUCUAUAGCCUUGAAGGGGCACCUUACUGUGAGCAGUGCUAUGAGAAUACACUGGAGAAGUGUAGCACAUGCGGACAGCCUAUCACUGAGCGGAUGCUGAGAGCCACAGGCCGUGCCUUCCAUCCCCAGUGCUUUACCUGUGUGGUCUGUGCCUGCCCUCUGGAAGGGACCUCCUUCAUCGUGGACCAAGCUAACCGGCCCCACUGUGUCCCUGAUUAUCACCGGCAGUAUGCCCCACGCUGCUCUGUCUGUGCUGAACCCAUCAUGCCUGAACCUGGCCGAGAUGAGACUGUCCGAGUGGUAGCUCUCGACAAAAACUUCCACAUGAAAUGUUACAAGUGUGAGGACUGUGGGAAACCCCUGUCUAUUGAGGCUGAUGAGAAUGGUUGUUUUCCUCUGGAUGGACAUGUACUGUGUCGUCACUGCCAUACAACCCGGGCCCAGACAUGAGGAUGAACUCAUUUCCAUAAUCUUGAAGAACCAGGAUUUACUCCAGAUGAGAGAACUACCUGCUUUCAGAUCAAGUCUUCCUUCACUCAAUUCAUCCUCAUUCCCCACCCUGAGCCACAAAGAAAAUUUGUAGCUAGUCUUAAUGCUAGUCCCUCUUAAGUUGUAGGGGGGCAGGGAGAUGAUGGAGAGCAGCAGAACCCGAGACCAAUCCCUUCCUUUUCAAUAUCCCUUUUUCCAUCUGGUACAAGGACCACCUGCCUCUCAUCUUCCAGGCUUCACAGCAUCCUCUUGUACCCUCUUCUCUAUCCCUUUCCUCUUUGGGGAGCUUGACACCUUGGGCAGCGUUAUUGCUUUUGCUCCUACACUGAAGCUGUUGGCUGGCUCACUCCCAGCAACCUUUGUACUCUGUUGAGGGGCUUGAGGAGAGGCUCUAUCCCAGAGGCUGGACUGGUAGCACCUUCUUUGGACCACAAGUUGUGGGACUCUGGCCACAAUUACAAAUAAAGUAUUCACCCCCACAGUCCCCUAGAA